ACAGAACGCAAUUGAAAAAAGGACAUAAAUAUUCCGAUCUAACAAUACCGAGUUUCGGUGCUAUUUUGACUGUACUAAAGAUUUCAGUACAAAUCUUUUUUUCAGUAUUUAGGUAUUUAUUUGGAGCAUAUACGUUGAUCAACGUCUUGUUUCAAGUGCAAGGUGUACUGUUUAAAAAUAAAUUAUUUAAAAGCAGUCGGAUUUAAUUAUAAUUACAUGUACAAUUAAAUUAAAUAAGGAAGUAAUAUACGACAAAUGUAAAAUGCAUACACAAGCUGCCGGAAGCGCACAACAUCAAAGGUCUACUAAACGUACCAAGUUACUAGUUCGUUUUGCAGCAUGGAGCACAAGAAUACUUACCCUCUUCAGUUUCGUGGUUUUUAUCCUGGCCUUAAAGAAUAUAUUCCAUCCGUUUUUUGGAUACUUGAUGUUUGUCACCAUCAUAUGUAGUGUAAUAAGCCCCCUAAACUGUUACUGUUGUUGUUAUUCGAAGGGUGCAAAGAAUACGACAAGCGGACGUUACUGUGUGUAUGUGUGGUUGUUCAUCUGCAACAUGCUCUACCUACUGAUGUUUGGGUACAGUUGGUUCUUCAUGACGUUGGCAAGAAAAGCCUUCUCCAAUAAUAGCGACCCCAGCAACUUCGAAGCAGCUUCGAUCAUAAUAAUGAUCAUCACGAUAUUCCUUUCGAUUUUGAACCUUUACACGUUUUGCAUUUCUUACAAGUACGGCUGUUGCUUCAUGGAUAUGGUGGAUAGGAACCAUUCUCAGCAAAAUGUUGAGGCGGCAGUCGUGAUGAAUCAACAGAUAUCUACGAGUGGUGGGCAAGCUAACGAUUCGCAAUUCACAAAUGUUCCAAUGGAUGCUCAGCACACUGCUUCAAGUGGUGGGAUACGGUACUCACAAUGCCAGUCGUAUCUGGCCGGGCAUGAUUACAUGGCUGCACCUCACCAGCAAUGUAUUGGUGUUACAGCUGACUCGGAGGGGCCGUCCUUUCAACCAACAAUGACGAUGACAAGCGGACAGUUUGUUAGCCCUCCGCCUUACACGUUAUAUGAUCCAAAUGUGAUAUCAUGAUCUAAAGAAAGCUCGUUUUGCAAAAAAUGCGAUAAACAUGAUGUAUAAUUGUACUUCAUUUUUGUUCAUUUUUGUUCAUUUUAGAUCAUUUGCUUAAAAGAACAGUAUGUUGACAUGAAUACUCAGUGAGUGAAUAAUGCAAGUGUGUUGAUAAUGCACAGUGUUAGCGAUUUAUAGAUAAUACAGUAGGUGCUUAGCAAAUCAUUUCCAUGCCUUCUCAAAUAAAUGGCUCCUUUUUCGGAAUAUUUUUUUUAGUUCCGGCGAACGUGAAACUAAGUCAACGAAUUAUAAAAGAAAAGGUCAAUAUAUUUUGGGAAAUCUGUAGAAAUGUAAAAUACGUCAUGAUUCGAUAAAGGCUGUUAUUGUGAAAACAGGUAAUGAUUUCAGAGUCCAUCAAACAAGAUUCUAAUCCGGAUGUUUAGCAUUGUUUUGUUUAAAUAUGUAUGUUUUUUUGUGUACUCUUAAUCCGGAUGUUUAGCAUUGUUUAAAUAUAUAUUUGUAUACUCUUUUUCUAAUGUACACAUAUCUUAAAGUACCUAUUUUUAAAAGGUGUUUGAACUUCUUUUUGUUCAUGUAUAUUAUGUCAAGCACGUUUUUUUAUAUUAUUUAAAGCACCAUCAAAACCUGAGAGUCCUAUUUCAUCGCGCAAACUAUGUUAUGUUGCUGACAUUUGCAAAGACAUGUGUGUAAUGUGCUAUACGUCACGCUUUCGUUUCCAAUGAACAACUUAAAAUGAUUUUUUGUCGAAUAUUCAAACUUAGUCGGUAUACGACCCCCACUGAUUUUAUGGUAAACAGGCCAAAGGUCACCAUUACUAGAAAUAUUACGUUAUAUCGUUUCUUAUCAAUUACUUUUAAUGCCAUUUUGUAUAUUCUUUAAACUUGGUAUGCGAAUUGCAUUGUCAGGUAGGUGACCCGUAUUUAUAUUUAUCUGUAUACGAGGUUAGAAAUCAAUACCUCAAUGAGUUUUCCAAAUUAUGU